AUGCAAAUAGUUGGUGCAAGUAAAAGAAUAUUUGAUUUACUUGAUCGUCAACCGAAAAUUCCUUCAACAUUCAAUGAAAGUUGUUCUAUUGAACCAACUAAUUUUGAUGGAAGUAUUCAUUUCGAUAAUGUUUCAUUUGCAUAUCCAACUCGAUCUGAACAACAAAUACUUACUAAUGUUUCCUUUUCAAUUGCACUUGGUCAAAAACUUGCAUUAGUUGGACCAUCAGGUAGUGGUAAAAGUACUAUAGCAUCACUUAUCGAACGAUUUUAUGAAUUUGAUUCGGGUACAAUCUAUUUUGGUUCAUAUUCACUUGCAUCGAUUAAUUCACAAUGGCUUCGACAAAAUAUAUCAUUUGUUAACCAAGAACCAUCUUUAUGUACAUGUUCAAUUUGUGAUAAUAUUACAUUUGGUCUUGAUUGA